UUUGGCAGGUGAUUCGGGGGGCGCAGAGUGGAGUUGAUUUCUACAUUCUCAACCCAGCUCAUCACUUCCUAGUGUUGGACAAGAGGCAAGCCAGUGGCAAACACAGAAUCCAGAUGGAGCGGGUCGGAGAUCACAUGAUGUGUUUUGAUAAUUUCUUCGGCUUCACAGAGGAGAAAGUGGUCAGCUUUCACCUGCUGCUGCGCUACAGGAUACAGGAGAGCGCCGCCAACAGGCCAGACAACAGAACUGCAGGGCGGUCCCUCACUUCCAUGGAGAGCUCGCUGGCCCUGCUGAGGGAGCGUCUCCUGCGCUGUGGGCUGUACCAGCGGGUUUUGCGCUACGGGAUGGUUCUGGAUCAUGAGGAGCAGUCCCUCAAUGCCUGGCGGGUUCAAUUUUGGUCUGCUUUUAUCCUGCUGCUGGUCCCCUGUGUCUCUGCUUUGCAGGUGUACGCAGUCAAGGCUCAGUUCAGGGGUCCUACCAUCUACACAGGCUUCCGAGUACGCAACUAGCCGUCCAGUGGAGCCCCCAAUACAGACUGCUGCUCUUCACUGCCUUAAACAGGGCUGGUAACAGCUCAGAAUGUCAAACAACAGCCAAGUGAUUUCAAAUUUUAAACGUUUAGUAAAUGGCAGAAAAACAAGCAACAAGCAGGCCAGUUAUAGGUGCUAGCCUUACCCUUAUAAAAGUUUACAUAAGAAAAGCAUAGCAGAGUGCAAUAGAGCAUGGUAAAAACCUGGUAAAGAAUAGGUAAGCAUUGUAAAGAAUAGUGAGAUAUGUAGGAAUAGCAUAUUAAUACGCAUGGCUAACUAUGGUAAAUGCAUAGUAUAACCACGGGGAAACAGCAAAAAUAACAUGAACUUUUAUAAGGGUAGUCUACAGAGUAGGCCAAUUUAUUUCAUUUUCAUGAUUUCAUGUCUUUUCCACAUUUAAUUCAAUGCUGUUGUGUUGUAUUAAUUCUUAAAAAGCGAUGGAGGGCUUCUUGUGUUGGCUCAUCUGAUUGGUUUGCAACCAAUACGUUUAAACGACAAUCGGAAACCCCAUUUAUACCCUCUGAAUCUGCAUAGUAUUUCUGUUUUAAAAAAUCUUUAUGAUGUGUUUCAAACAAAAUGUUUCUACUCAUGGAUAUUUGGCACUUUUAAUAAAAGUCACAUCGGUAUGUUUUAUAUUUUAUAUUUGAGGCACAAUUACUGAGCAAAGUGGAAAUUGCAUAUUGUUUUAUAUUAUAUACAGUGUGUUACACAUGUGUUCAGCCUGCUUUGAAGUAGCGGCUGCUUGUUGACACACAUCUGUAGAGAUGUAGGGAACUGGGAGAGUGGUUCUGAAUUCUCAACACACCAUUAUAAGUUUUAUUAGCUAACCCACAUCAUAAACCUGGCUAAUCUGCUGUCUAACCAUUUACUGUGUGCAAAGAUGGAAAUAAGGCUCCCAUUGCAUAGCAGUUUGAUCCAUUCCUGGUUUUACUGUGUUUAAUAAGACACACCUGAGCUUGUUACCUAUACACUGUGGCUAAUCAAGCUUGUAUUAAAACCUGGAAUGGGUACUAUUGCUUUGCAUCCCUAGUGUGUGUGUAAAUUGGAAUAAAUUGAUUUGCUCCAGUGCCAAGUUUUCCAUUUUGUGAAAUACAGCAGAAUAAAAAAAACUGUACAAUUUUUAUUUAUGUGCUGUAUUGGUAACAAAAGGCUUUGUUAAUCUAGUUCAACAAGUGUGUGUGUGAUCAUUUUAAUAGUGCUGCCGGGGAUCAA